AUGGCGACUGUCAUGCAGAAAAUCAAAGACAUCGAAGAUGAGAUGGCGAGGACUCAGAAGAAUAAAGCAACUGCCCAUCAUCUGGGCCUGCUGAAGGCUAAACUCGCAAAACUUCGAAGGGAGCUUCUUGCACCGUCAUCGAAGGGAGGUGGUGGUGCUGGAGAAGGUUUUGAUGUUACAAAAAGUGGAGAUGCGAGAGUCGGUCUUGUAGGUUUCCCAUCCGUUGGGAAAUCAACCCUUUUAAACAAAUUAACUGGCACUUUUUCAGAGGUUGCUUCAUACGAGUUUACCACCUUAACUUGCAUUCCAGGUGUAAUCAUGUAUCGAGGAGCAAAAAUUCAGUUAUUGGAUCUUCCUGGUAUUAUCGAGGGUGCUAAAGAUGGAAAGGGUAGAGGUAGACAGGUCAUCAGUACUGCUCGCACGUGUAACUGUAUUCUUAUCGUUUUGGAUGCAAUAAAGCCAAUUACUGACAAACGGCUCAUUGAGAAAGAGCUUGAGGGAUUUGGUAUAAGACUGAACAAGGAACCACCAAAUCUGACAUUUCGGAAGAAAGAUAAGGGUGGGAUCAAUCUUACAUCAACAGUUGCCAACACUCAACUGGAUCUUGAUACGGUGAAAGCAAUAUGCAGCGAAUACAGGAUACACAAUGCUGAUAUUCAUCUUAGGUAUGAUGCAACUGCUGAUGACCUCAUAGAUGUCAUCGAGGGCAGUAGGGUAUAUAUACCUUGCAUCCAUGUUGUCAAUAAGAUUGAUCAGAUUACACUUGAAGAGCUGGAGAUUCUGGACAAACUUCCACACUAUUGCCCAGUCAGUGCUCAUCUAGAAUGGAACCUCGACGGUCUGCUGGAGAAAAUAUGGGAAUAUCUAAAUUUAACUCGCAUAUACACAAAGCCCAAGGGGAUGAACCCAGACUACAAUGAUCCUGUAAUAUUGUCAUCAAAGAAGAGGACAGUUGAGGACUUCUGCAACCACAUCCACAAGGACAUGGUUAAACAAUUUAAAUAUGCAUUAGUUUGGGGUUCAAGCGUGAAACACAAGCCCCAGAGGGUGGGCAAGGAACACGAAUUGGAAGACGAAGAUGUUGUACAAAUCAUUAAAAAGGUGUAG